UGUGACCGACGCUGAUCUCCUAAUGAAUGCGUCCCGAUCGCAGUCUUAUCGGAAGACACCCGACUUAUUUAGGAGCUGCCUGGUUUUUGCUGUAUUUAGUUUCUCUGCUUUGGGGAUUUUUUUAUCCAUUUACCUUCUAAUCCUUUUCCCAGGGGACCAGACAAGCUCGGCCCCCGCAUCACGGUCAUGGAGGCAACUGAUGGCUAUCUAGCGAGUAACGGCGAGUGCUCUCCCAAGAAGGAGGGCAGCAGAAUGCAGGUGGACCUGUCGCUCCACACACACAACGGGCAACAUUCCCAAAGUCCCACAUCUCCUGUCGAGCACAAGGUCAAACAGGAGGAGGAAACUGAAGAGGACGUGGACAGAAGAGCCAUAAGCCAAGAUGAGACAACCCACAGUGGUGAAGAAGGCUCAGCAUUGGAAGAUCCCAUGAUUGACGGCCUGAACAACCUACAGGACGUCGGAGGAGGGUCCGAGGCGCAGCCUGACGCUGCGAUACGACUGCCCAAUGGUGAGCAUGUGUUAUGUGAUCGUCCAUUCCAGUGUAGCCAGUGCGGCGUUUCCUUCACCCAAAAAGGAAACCUGCUGAGACACAUCAAGCUCCACACGGGCGAGAAACCCUUUAAGUGCCCGUUCUGCAGCUACGCCUGUCGCCGCCGUGACGCCCUCACUGGACACCUGCGCACUCACUCUGUGGGUAAACCACACAAGUGUAACUACUGUGGGCGGAGCUACAAGCAGCGAACGUCAUUGGAGGAGCACAAAGAGAGGUGCCAUAAUUACCUGCAGAGCGGUGGCAUGGACUCUGCCCCUAAUCCGGCUUCGUACGCAGCAGAGGUUCCUAAAGAGCCAAGACCUCUGGGAGAGGUUCCCAGCAUAGUGCCCUUCGAACGGCCGCCUGUCAUCGAGCGACUGCAGGCUAACGUGGCCAAGAGGAAGAGCACCACGCCGCAGAAAUUUGUCGGAGAGAAGAUGAUGCGCUACUCCUACCCAGACCUGAACUUUGAAUUAGGCCUCAAGUAUGAAAAGGAAGCAGAGAUCAUCCAGGCUCACAUGAUGGACCAGGCUCUCAGUAACUCCAUCUCCUACAUUAACACCGAUUCUCUGCGUCCCAUAAUGUCUCACCCGUCGCUGGCCAUGCCCGAGGUGGUGCCCAUGGUGAACCCUCUGUUUCACUCUGUGUACCCGCUCGGCCCGCGCCUGGAGCGCCCGAGCAGCCGUGAAUCUCUCCAUCUGCCCCAUCAUCCGUCCCACCAACCCGAGUUUUCCGCCCGUGCCAAUGGUGCCAUCGCGCUCACACGGCCCAAAACCUCCCAGGCGUUGCGAGGGGAAGUGCACGACGGGCGCGAACGCUCUCCCAGCAACAGUGGGCAAGAUUCAGCCGACUCGGCUCGCAGCAGCCCGCGAGACAAACUGGCGAAUCAGAUGAGCACCAGCGUCAGGCCGGCGCUGGCACGGCCGGACGAGAGCUCCCAUCAGCCAGGGGUCAGGGACGGGAUCCGAGUGUUCGGCCCGGAAGGAAACGAGGUGCGGGUGUUCCAGUGCGAGCACUGCCGCGUCCUUUUUCUAGAUCACGUCAUGUACACCAUCCACAUGGGUUGCCAUGGCUACAGAGACCCCCUCGAGUGUAACAUCUGCGGACACUGCUGCAAAGAUCGCUACGAGUUUUCCUCGCACAUCGUCCGUGGAGUUCACACCUUUCGUUAAAGGAGACUCGGUGGAGACAUAUAGAACAUAUACACACACAUAGCAAAUACGUACAUGAAGGUUUUACUCCAGCAGGUUUUCCAUUUUGAUUUUGAAGGCGAUAUAUUUGGGAGAGGGGUUUGGUUUAAACACGUAGAUGAUGAAAAUGAUGUGAAUUGAUUUUUUCUCUCUCUCUCACUCAUUCUUUUUUUUCAUUAUUCUUUUUUUUUUAAUCUGCACCACCCAAAAAAACAAAAACAGAGCAGCUAUAUUACCCUAAACGUCAUGAAGGUUUUUAUUUGUUUGUUUUUUUUCUUUGUGGGUUUGAUCUUUAGUGAGUCUUUUCUUGUUGUCAUUGCUGUCACUAAAGGACUUUUAGAGAUUUUAUAGAUGUCGCCAUAUGAGAGAAUCAGGAACAAAGUGCACUUGCACACAAGGGACCUUCAGGGGAAUUAGGGAAAAGACUAAUAAAUGUUUAAUCUUUUUUUUUUUUUCCUUUUUCUUUUUUGUGCUGCGGUGUUUUUCCAGUGCCUUGCCGAUGUUUUGACUGUUAUGAUUUAGAGCUUGCCUUUUCCCAUCGUUUUUAUAGACCAUGUCAUUUUAUUAUAGCCUUGGCAUUAGAGGUUUUGUUUUUUUUUCUUCUUUAUUUUAGUUUAUUUGUUAUUUCACUAUGAGUACGUGCAGGAUCACACUCUCCUCGUCAUGCUUGUGUACUACUACUUUGCUCCCCGUGCUGGCAUUGUGAUGUAGCCACAUUAACAGACCACCAAGCAGCAAUUUCUGACAAUUGUUUCUUCCUUUCUUUGUUUUAAGCAGCAUUGUGCGCUGCAUUUGUGCGUAAAUUAACGCGCCUCUUUAUUGCGCCGGUAGCACGAUGUCUUAUCAAUUUGUCAGUGUAGCUUUUCGGUCACUAACUCACUCACUCAUUCACUUACUCACUCAGCAGGUAACGAUCACAGCUUGCACUUUAUUACGCUGCUUUAUGAUGCUGGUUGUUACAGUACAAAAGCUCUAGUCUACAGAGCUGGGUAUUAGCUUGUUUUCUUACACCUCAGGUUUUUUUUAAUUAACUUCUUACUUUUAAAUAAAAAAGCUCUCUAUGGUUCUCUAACAUUGUAGAUUUAGUUAACAAUAAAUCUGAUCCACGGUUUGGACCUGAAACAGACCUGAAUACACUGGAGAAGCUUGUAAUGCAGUUAAAAUCAUUAAUAUUAUAGACUUUUUCGUUUGUAUGUUUGUGUAUUUGGUCUCUCCUUAAAUUUCUGUGCCCGAAUAUUCUAUACUGUUGAAAACAGAAAUCAAUUUUUAAUCAAAAUCUUUAAAUCCAAUCCUAUAUUCCAUCAUAACCACAGCGUUGUUAAAUUCUCAAAUCUGAUUGGUCGGAUUUGUUUUCUAUAACAGUUUGUCCUGUUACAUGUCAAAUCGCAAUGCGCUUGUUGUGAUUAAUUAUAACGUCUAUACUAACAGUACUUUACACUGGGAUUUGUUUGGCGUACAGUAGAAGCUCCUCGUUUUAACGAUUUUCAUAACGAGUCUUCAGAGUCAGCGCUUUGUAAACGUCGACCAUUUUUUCUUCAAGACAGAAAAAAAAGAGAAAAAGGGAACGAGGUGCUGAACGUGCAUUUGUAGCUGCUAUAACCUGCCUCCUGGAUGUUCCAGUACAUUAAACUGAUAAACGUUAGCAAACCGCUGUGGGUUAAGAGGAAUAUAUCACUUCAGGAUGUUGUUAUGGGAAGAUAAUCAAUGUCGCUAUGGUAACAGAUUGACGUUUAUUAUUUUCCUAGAACAGCAUGCCAUCAUACCAUGACGGGAUGUAUUCGUUAUUUUAGUGUCGUUUAAAUAUUUUAAUAACGACAAUUCCGGUGUAUUUAAAGCGAAAUUUAAACAGAAUUAUACAUCAGUGUUUCUGCUAGAAUUUUAUAUUCUAAGUGUAGGAAAGUCUACAGCCUGGAUAAACUGAACAAGUUUUAAUGGUCUAACACUUAUAGCCUUAUUGCUUCUGUUUCUUCAGUACUUUAAAAAAAAAAUUUUUUCUUACUUAGGGUGUUUUUCCGUCUUCGCGGUGAUCAGUGUUAGCAUCGUGUUGCUUUCUGAGCUUUUCGCAAUUUCUUUUCUCCUUUACUAACGGAUUAUGGGUAAAAACUGUGAAUGAUCUCGAGGCCGUGAGUCGUAGCACUGAUCAAACACACACAUUCCUUUUUUUACAUAAAGCGGCGUUACGUGUGUAAUGUACUUUUCUUUUUAAGGAUUUUUGUGUGCCUUUUAUUUUAUUUUAUUUUUUUUUUUUGAACAAACACAAGUAUUGAAACUCAGAAAUGAAAUGACCAGUUGUAUGUAUUUUAUUGGAAUUUGUUUUCAUCUUUUCUGUCUUUUUUUUGUGCACCGUAGCUUUUUAAGUAGAUACUUGUAGAUUACUGUACUUGUAAAAUGAACCUGGAGAUUUGUUACAUAUCAUGGCUUACAGUCUGGCUUGUGUUUAAAAAAUAUAUAUUAUGUAGGAAAAAAAAAAAAGAACAAAAAAGGAUAUUAAAAAAAGGACCCAAAGAAGGAGGUGAAGGACGCAUCGACGUAAAGACUAUGUUUACAGUCACAAGCACACGAGUGUUCAUUUAUUAAAUCUACACUUUGGGAUCAGUGGAACGUACUUGAAGUUAAAUCAGUGGCACUCUGAGUCUAGCUUGUUUUUACAUUUAUAUGUAUGGGGUUUAACAUUACUGUAAAUAUAUAUAUUUUUGUGAAAGAAGUGUUUUUUUUUAAAAUCAUAUUAUAUUACUGUGGGCCUUACAAUCAGCAAAAAACACAAGGCCUAUAUGUAUGUACAUGUAUACAUACAAGGUAUAUAUAUAUAUAUAUAUAUAUAUAUAUAUAUAUAUAUAUAUAUAUAUAUAUAUAUAUAUAUAUAUAUAUAUAUAUACGUGUGUGUGUGUAUAUAUAUAUAUAUAUACACAUACAUGACUAUAUGUAUAAAUUAAAUGCAGUAUAUUUUGGUACAGAAGUUAAACCGGGUUUUUUGUUUUUUUGUUUUUUUUCUGUGUGUUUAAACUUUUGGGCCUUCUCAGGUAUUGUGUUGCCAAGAUGCCAAUAUGAAGUGGCAUCUUAAUGAACUGAUCCAGUAGAAAGUGAUUUUUCAAGAGAAAAAAGGAGGGUUUUUUUUUUUUUUACACAGAAAUACGUGUAAAACCUUUAACCCUCUGAAGGAAAGAUGUAAGGUGUUGGAUUUUAAAGCAUGGACUUUUUCUGCAUUAAAUACCUUUAAACUCA